UCCGUGGGGCUCAGACUCAAAAUCCUGAGACCGAGAGACUGGGCCAGCCGGGUGCCCCAGAAGUACGAUUUUACAGUAGACUUUGACUCAUGUUCGUUUAGAGGUUUUGGUUUUACCGCUUAGACUUAGGACACAGCAGCUCUACUUUAGAAAUGGGCAGUGCGUCCGUCAGCGCCAGUGACUUCAUCGUGCAGCUUUCCUGGUUUAAGGCGUCUGAGCACAGGCUUCAGGUCCCUGGAGGCCCUGCCAUGGGACCUCAUGGCAGAGGACCCGGUCUCUCGCCAUCAGCAUCUCCCGCCCAGUGGUGCGUGUUUGACCGAGGCGCAGUCUGCACGCAUCGUAACUACCCAAAAUCUGGGGUUUGCGUCACAUUCUUCUCGGUGCUUAUGUUCUGUGAUAUCACGUGGGCACCAUCACGGCGUCCUGCGGUGACUGUCACUGCCUCUCGCCCUCAGAGCCCCUGCAGCCGCUCAUCUGACCGUGUCCCCCGUGUCGCCUCCCCAGACUGGCUCCUCUUACUUAGCGGUGUGCAGUUAAGCUUCCUCCAUGUCUUUUUCUGUCUUCGUAGCCCGUUUGUCGCUGUCCCUGGAUGAUGUUCCGUCGUGUGGAGCAUAAACACCCGUUUAUCCCCUCACCUGUUGAAGGACUCGGUUCCCGGUCUGCUUAGAGCCGCUCCGCCAGCCGAGCCGCCAGCCGAGCCGCCAGCCGAGCCCUGCCCCGGCCCCGGCACGCGGCACACCUGGCUGGCCUGGGCGCCUUGGAAGCCCUAGCAGACCACGAGUGCUUUUGCUCUCGAGCCGUCGUAUGCUCAUAAGAGGAAAACGGUUCAGUGUGUACUGGCCCAGAUCUGACCGUCCCAGGUACUCUGUCUCCGUCCCCGACGGGACAGGCUUCCUCUCCUUUCUGGCGGAAGAACGUCCCCUCGUGCCUCCUUUGGAACAGGUCUCCGCGUGACCAGUUCUACUUUUCCUUCCCCUGAGAACGUCUUUAUUUCUGUAGGACGUCUUCACUCUCGAAUCCUGGGCGGACAGCUCUGUUCCCCCAGCACCUUCUGGAUGCUCCUGCCCCCUGGCCUGCUGGUUUCCGGCCAGGGCUCUGGGCCCCUUGGCUUCUUGUUGGGAAUGUGGUGUGUUCCGUUUGGCGGCUGCCUUUGAAAUGUUCUUACUUUCUCUUUGAUUUUCAGCAAUUUGUUAGGAUCUAGGCAUGGAGCUGUUUGAGGUUUGCUGAGCGGCUUGAGUGUGUAAGUUUGUACCUUUCAUUAGAUUUGGAAAGUGCUCAGCUAUCAUUUCUUCGAAACACGCUUCUUCGGCUUCACACUGUCUUCGUCCCUCCUGGGACCCCAGGGACACAGCCGUCCGCCUCUCUACCACGUUCACUCAGCCCUGCUCAUUUUGUUCGUGCACCUUUGUCUGUUGUUCAGUUUGGAUGAUGCACUGGGCUGUGUUCAUUUCAUUGUUCUACGUCCAUCUUCUCCCAUCUCUUUUCUGUUAUUGAGUCCUUUCAGUGAAUUUUUUAUUUUCAUACACACACACACACACACACACAUUCUCAGAUUUCCAUUUGGCUGUAGGUCCUGUUCCUGUGCUGAGACUUUUUAUCUUUCCACUUGUUUCAAGACGUCUGGCUUUGUCCCUGAAGCAUGGUACACCAGCUGCUUUAAAGUCUCUGACGAUUCAUUUCAGAGUGGGCUUUUCUUGAUUUUUUUUUUUUUCUUGAGAAUUGGCCAGACUUUCCUGCUUUUUAUGUCAGAAAAGUUUGGAUUAUAUUCUGGGUGCUUUGAAUAUCGUAUUUUGAAGCUCUGGGUCUUGUUUAAAUCUCAGAGUGUAGACAUUUCUGUCCUAGCAGGAAGGCAGCCUGGUUAGGCUCAGGCCGCAGGUUUGGAGCUCCUGCCAUGGGCAUGGUCAUUACGUCAGCUCCGUCUUCAGAGCCCGUGUGGUGCUCUUUGGAACUGACCAGUAGGGUGAGUUCUCCAAACCUUUGGUUUGCCAUUUAGGGUCUGGACCCCCAUAGACAGUUCUGGGGUGGUGACCCAGGCACCCUUUCCAUACCUCCCUGCUCUGCACAGUCUCCGCCAUAUUUUCUGACCCCAGGGCCCCCUUUCUCUGGCUAGAAACCUUGGUGUUCGUGUGUCCUCUGUGCCGUGACACCUCAGCACAAGGUCUGCCUCGGGGCUUGGGACCCUGGCGGAGUGACACUCCUGGUUCCGGUGUCAUCUUCGCUGAGCCAUGGCAACCCCGGAUGUGAGUGUCCACAUGGAGGAGGUGGUGGUGGUGACCACACCAGACACUGCAGUGGACGGGAGCGGCGUGGAGGAGGUGAAGACUGUGCUGGUGACGACCAACCUGGCUCCUCACGGGGGCGAGCUGGCGGAGGACAGCAUGGAGACUGAAAAUGCGGCUGCGGCCGCGGCGGCUGCGUUCACGGCGUCCUCGCAGCUCAAGGAGGCUGUGUUAGAAGUGAAGGUGGCUGAAGAAGAGGAGAGCCUGGAGGCUGAAAUCGUGUACCCCAUUACCUGCGGAGACAGCAGAGCCAACCUGAUUUGGAGGAAGUUUGUGUGCCCGGGCAUCAAUGUGAAGUGUGUUCAGUAUGACGAGCAUGUGAUCAGCCCAAAGGAGUUUGUGCACCUGGCUGGCAAGUCCACCCUGAAGGACUGGAAGAGGGCCAUCCGGAUGAACGGCAUCAUGCUCAGGAAGAUCAUGGACUCUGGGGAGCUGGACUUCUAUCAGCACGACAAGGUCUGCUCCAACACCUGCCGCAGCACCAAGAUCGAUCUCUCAGGCGCCCGCGUGUCCCUGAGCAGCCCCACCUCGGCCGAGUACAUUCCCCUCACACCUGCCACGGCUGAUGUGAACGGGUCUCCCGCCACCAUCACCAUAGAGACCUGUGAGGAUCCUGGCGACUGGACCACGGCCAUCGGAGACGACACGUUCUCCUUCUGGCGAGGCCUCAAGGACGCAGGCCUGCUGGACGAGGUCAUACAGGAGUUCCACCAGGAGCUGAUGGAGACCAUGAAAGGCCUGCAGCAGCGGGUCCAGGACCCCCCCCUGCAGCUCCGAGAUGCCGUCCUCCUCAACAACAUCGUGCAGAACUUCGGCAUGCUGGACUUGGUGAAGAAGGUGCUGGCCAGCCACAAGUGCCAGAUGGACCGCUCUCGGGAGCAGUACGCCCGAGACCUGGCAGCCCUAGAGCAGCAGUGUGACGAGCACCGCCGUCGGGCCAAGGAACUCAAGCACAAAUCUCAGCACCUCAGCAACGUGCUCAUGACGCUGACCCCCGUCUCCCUGCCACCCCCCACGAAGCGGCCCCGGCUGGCAAGGGCCACGUCAGGGCCGGCUGCCAUCGCCUCGCAGGUGCUCACCCAGUCUGCCCAGAUCGCCCUCAGCCCCGGCGUGCCCGUCUCCCAGCUGACUGGCGUGCCACUCGGCAAAGUGGUGUCCACCCUGCCGUCCCCCGUGCUGGGCAAGGGACCCCCCCAGGCUGCUUCCGCCAGCUCUCCAGCCUCGCCCCUGCUCGGGGGCUACACAGUGCUGGCCUCGUCGGGCACCACCUUUCCUAGCACCGUGGAGAUCCACCCGGACGCGUCCAGCCUCACAGUCCUGAGCACAGCCGCCAUGCAGGACGGCAGCACUGUGGUCAAGGUGGUGAGCCCCCUGCAGCUGCUCACCUUGCCGGGCCUGGGCCCCACCCUGCAGAACGUGGCCCAGGUGUCACCUGGGGGUAGCACCAUCGUGACAGUGCCCACGGGGGCCGUCGAGAGUGCCGUGGCCGCCUCGGGGCCUGAGGAGCACACGGCCACCAUUGAGGUGGCCGCCAUGGCGGAGGGCCACGAGCACAAGUAGACGCUGGUGGAGGGCGAGGCCCCUCGUGGGCACAGGGCUGGCCGCCUCUCCUCAAGCCCCGGCCGGCCGGGAGCACGGCACCGCCGCCCCGCGGGUCACGUCGGGCUGAACCAAAGAGAGGGAACACCAAACAGACGGAAGAGAAAGGGAUCGCCAGCGACAGGCCUGUGCGGUCAGCCUCCACCUCGAACUUCCUCCCCCUUUUCUUAGGAAAUACAUUCUUCCAUCUGUUGCUUAUUGAUACUGUUUACACGUUGGGCCUGAUGAGGAGCCAGGCAGAGAGGACGAGGAGGCACCGCCGGGGAGCAGGGCGCGGACCCCGUGGGUGCGAGGGGCCCCCGGGGGGGGGUAUCACGAACACAAGUCUUGGGAACCGUCCCCAAGUGUGGAAACCCAUGGAUCCUAUGGAUUUGGUUUCUUCCCACAGUUUUCUGUAGGUUUAGCGGGUCCCGGCACCCUGAUCUCCCGUCUCUGGAGCGGGCGCCGUGCUGCUGCAGGUCCACACGCGGCCCUGGGCAGGGGCGCCUGGGCACCCGGGGCUGGAGUGCCACCCCCAGGGCACCCGCCUGAGCAGAGGGCCCAGAGGCCCCAGCAGCUGAGUUUGCCGUCUGCCCACCUCCCUCCGCCCUGCAGGCGCUCGGGCCCCCCGGGGGGCCCCUGCACACGCGCCGUGGGUGUUUUUAAGUGAAUUAUUAGUAGGCUUCUAGGAAGAGUCAGAUUUCUAGCAUUUUCAUCCUAAGCAAUGCUGAGUGCCUAGGCUUCCUGCAUCGCUCUGGGCUCCAGAGUGCUCAGUACGAGGCAGCUGUGGGCGCCGCCCCGGGGCGACUGCGCUGGUGGUUCCCGCUGCUCCGGCGGUGAGCACUCGCCCGGCGGGCCGCCCGGAGGAGGGUGGCGGUGACGGUGGUGCGCCCCUGCGGCUUUGGUUCCGGGGGUGCGGGUGCGAACACAGCAAGACAGGAACCGAGGAGGGGCUGCAUGGGGCGAGGUGCUCCCGCCUUUGGGGAACUCGUCAUCCACCCCGUGCUCAGCCUGCUGGCGGGGCCGCCGUGACAGCUUUAGCCCCUGGCCCUCCGGGACCCCCACCCAGGGGUGGAGGUGCACCCUGCUGGCUGGCGCUGGUGCCCGAGGGCGUGUGGGGUGGCAGUUGGGUGGUCUGGACCAGGGUCUGUCACGGCGGGGCCACCCGGGGGCCAUGCGCAGGUCUGCUUGUGGACCCAGGAGGAAGAGCAGCAGGGGUCCCAGGGCCCGCCCGAGCCCUUGAGUGGACGUCCCCGCGGCCACGCUUCCCCUGGCGGCCAGUUCAGUUGCCUGCGGAAGACCCUUCUCUGCCGGAAGGGGAGGGGGCUCCAGCGCAGCCACUGCCCUACUUUGUGCUUCGAAGGGAACUGGGUUGUCUGUCUGUCCUUCCAUCCCAGGUGCCCCACACCUCCCCGAGUCUCCCAGGCGCUCCUUCCUGUUUUCUUUCUGUCACAUACUUGUUUGCCGUGGUCACGGGUCAGCUGGUUUCAGCACGGUGUUUACCUGCUGGUUACGGAGUCCCGAUGCCUGUGGCAGCGUGACCGCGGGGUGGGCGCGUCCUGUCCUGUCCUGUGCGUCUGCACCAGCUCGGGCAGUGCGAGAAAGCACAUCUUGCCCUUGGGGCCUUUGUCAAAGUCAGACAAGCGGCCCCUUUGAAGCCGCCGCCCCGCCGGCAGUCAGACCGCAGGGCUGGAGGGAAGUGCACAUCCGAGCCAUAGCACGGAAGCCGCAGCUUCAGAAAUAACUGCAGCCCCUCCCUCCACCUGGGCGGGGGGCGGGGGGACACCUGUGCCUGGCAGGGCCCCGAGUCCCGGCUGUCGGGGGGCCGCGGGGGCCGCCUGCACCCCUCCAGUCCCCGGGCGGGACCGCGGGCUGCUUCUGGGGAGCAGGACUGGACUUGGUUUCUCUCACGGCUGCCGGCCCAGAGGCAGCCUGGGGAAGGGAAGCAUCCGGGUUCUACUUUGUAUGUUUUGCAAGUAUCUGCUUGGUACUUUGAUUUACAGUAAAAACAUUUUUCGUAA